AUACAGUAACCCUCAGGGACCAAAGUGAAGCUAGCGUCGGAUUGGCAGCGUCGGAUUGAUAUUCAUUGAGAUUCAGAAUCAUUUCCGGGGGAGGUCAAACAGGUCAUUCUACCAAAAUCCCCUUUUUCCCCUAACGGUGGCAAAAUCACAAACGAAUUCCGAUUUAACAUUCUUUCCUGAUUUCUAUUUAUGAUAUUCUAUGCUCUUAAGUAGAAUACAAUGCCUCUUCUCGACGAAUUUACUGAUCUUGCUUUCAGCCUCGGAUUGGGAUCGUAUUACAUCUCAGCCUCGGAUUGGACUUGAGUUACAUCUGAGUUACAUCUUGAGUUACAAUUUCCAAGAAUUGUGAUUCGAAACAAUACAGUGUUAUUUCACAUAAGGAAGGGAGCACAAAGAAACACAAGUUCAUCGAUAAAUAUAAAGUAUUUCGCUAAGCCAUGCAACUAUGCUAACGGGCUUCACUGGUACUGUCUUCGUAUUGAUUCUAGUCAACCCGAGUAUAGUUGAUGGGAAAGUUAUGCUAACUAAUUCCCCAUCAAGGAUUGAAGCAUUCGCCGGAGAAACAGUGAGAUUUAACUGGAAUUACACUGUUGAUGAUAAGAACAUGGACUUUGGAUAUUAUGUCUCAUCUCCAGUCUGGUAUUAUUAUAACCCUGAUGGACAUACUAAGUCAGUCAUAGCAGUUGAUGAUGGGCUGCGUGGYUGGAAGUGGACGAUAAGUCGACGAACAUGUCCACCAAGGCUGCUGUACCCUACAGUUCGCGUUAGCAAAGAGUCAGUCGCUACUUUGGUCAUUUCUAACGUAACAAACAAUGACAGUGGAGGGUAUGGAAUAUCUUUGGUGCUAAGAAUAUCUCCUUCAAUCAAUAACAAAGUGGAACUCAUAGUAACAGAUAAAAUGGCUCGUUUUACUAAAGUGCCCUCGAGUACUUUGUUUGUUUCAAGBGGUAAAACAGCGCGAUUCGAAUGGAAGUUCACUUACGAUAACCGAAAUAUCAGGCUCCUUUCAGAAUCACCCGUGUGGAGCUAUGUUGACCAAAACAACCAAUGGGUUACCAUAGCAACGGGGGGAAAAKAUCCGUCAUCGUCAGCGGUCAUAAAGACGACAACGUGUCCAGCAAGAUUGUUGAAUCCUACUCGAGUCAGAAUCGAGCAGCCUGCUACUCUGAUCAUCUCGAAUGUAACUGAAGCUGAUAAUGGGAUAUAUGGAUGCAUGUUGAAGUUAAGAAGARAACUUUCAAUAAACAGUACAUCUACGCUGGUUGUGACAGGUAAUUAGUACUAGCUCCCUACUGUUUGCACCAACUCUGAUG